GCGACGCUUCCAGGCGGACAACAAGUCUCUGGCAACGUGCUCAUCGGACAGGGCCCAGGUGGCAAUGGAGUCAGCGUCCAGGCGAGCUUCGCGGGUCUGCCGGCCACAGGAGGGCCUUUCCUCUACCACAUUCACGAGAAAGCCCUCAGCGCCGAUGGUAACUGUUCCUCUGCAGGUGCACACCUGAGCCCGUAUACGAGCCAGUACCCAUGCCUAGAUAUCGACCAUCCAGAGAAUUGCGAGGCGGGGGAUCUGUCUGGCAAGCAUGGCAACAUCAACGGCACAUCCUUCUCGGGAAACUACAUUGACGAAUACAUUUCGAACAACGCCGCACCGGGCUGUAGUCAGUGCAUGAAAGGCCGAAGCCUUGUCAUACACUUCGACAAUCAGACUGCGAUUGCAUGCGCAAACUUUACACUAUCCGGU